AUGCCCCCGCUCUCGCAAACUGCCAACGCCGGCGUCAACAUUGUCGCUAACCCCUGCGCCCGCGCCAACGACGUAGCGCAGACCUACAUUGGUCCCAUCAUCCAAAAAUCCGACGACAACGACUUAGGAUAUGAUGCGUUCCGAGAAGCACCUCUCGCAGUCGAAGCGAAAGCGCACCCGCACUUGACGCAUCAGCUCCUGUGCUCGUCCGCGGCAGCUGCAUCGAUUACCGACAGUGUCUACGACAGUAUCAUCUCGACUUAUGGGGGCAGCGAAGGGGUUGAGACUGUACCUCGCGAGGAGCGGAAUGGCAGGUAUCCGGCAAACGGGAAGACCGCGUCCGCGCCCGCGGCCUCGACCCCUCUCGAGCACAGGCCCUGUCCCCUCGCCCAUGACAUCCACAUCGAUGUUGUCGUCCUCGGCGUGCUCGUCGCUGAUGCUCGCAUGGUGAGUGAAGGGGCUCAGAUGAUGCAUACAGCGCGCAUGCCUUCCCGUCACAUCCGAUGA